GCAACACUGAGCAGAGAUUACCUGAACUUGGCUCUAAGACAUUGGUAUAUAGUUUAAAGCCGCAAUUAAUUAUAAAAUUCAUUACAUUGUAUUUUACAUGUUAUUAUUAGCAGUUAUUGAUGAACAAUGGCUCACCAGUUAUUAUUAUCUACUAAUAAACUAGAAAAAUUGAUAUUUAAGUCUUUAAAUAAUAAUCGAAAUCGAUUUAAAAUAUGUCGUUCAAUUUUAUAUUUAAAAAAUAAUAUAAAAUUGUCUUCUUGUGGAGAGACACUUGAACAAAAUUGGUUGUUAUUGACUGGGAAGCCUCCUAAAGGGUUUGAAAAAUUUUUUAAACCAAAUGGAAAAACAUCGGCAAAACCAAAUGAAUCAGCUGGCACGAAAUCUGAAACUUCACAAAGUCAACAACAAAGUUCAUCGAGCACGUCACCACCACCACCACCACCUCCUCCACCACCACGGCCUUUAUCUAGUGAAAAACCAGUAAACCAGUUUUUAUCAGGAAUAUUCAAACCUACUGCGAGGGGUAGUGGAAGUGGAGGCGGCGGUGGAAAACCGUUUAAUAAUGACAGAGACAAAUGGGUAAUUGCCGGAAUAAUUGGUGCCAUUGGUAUAAUUGGUUCUAUGGUAUAUUUCGAAGUCGGUGCCAAAGAAAUAACUUGGCGAGAAUUUGUAUACAGGUUAGCAUAAUAAAUUCCUUUUCUAGUUAUU